ACACUGUAUUCUUUCUAUUUGGUACUUGGUAGGCUUCCAUCACACUGUAUUCAGUCUGUAAUCAGUAUUCUUUCUCCUUAAACCCUGCCGGCUAAAACCCUACUGCUACUGCUGCUGCUGCUGCUGAACUCCACCAAAGCAGAAAGCCUAGUUAUGACAACCCUCGAAGAAGCAGACGUCGGCAUCUACAGUUACAUCUCUCAGCUUCCUGGAUUUCGUGGCGUUUUGAAACAGAGGUAUUCGGAUUUUAUCGUGAAUGAAGUAGAUUCCGAUGGAAAUGUUGUUCACUUGACCUGCUUGGAUGCCCCUCAGGAAAAUGUAGAAGAAAAGCAAAUGAUAAAGGAAAAGGAAGAUUCCGUUCAAAAAGAAAAAAAUUAUACCUCGGAAAUCGAAUUAUUUCGGGCCCUUGCCGGUGACUCCGACGCUGAAUCUCUGAAAGCUUUUGUGAAUCAAAUCACGUCUGGUGUGGAAAGCGACGUUUCUCCAAUUGUUCUCUCUCCGGAUUCUGAUAAAUCCCAUCGAACGGCAGUCCAUAAUUUCUUCAAGGAGCAUUUCAAGUUCCUUGUAACGGACACGCUUGACGGACCCGAUGAUACGUCCAAGUGCAUUCGCGUUAGGUUAUGCUCGGGAGGGCAGCACAGCAAUGGCAGAAAUUCCAGAAAACGUAAAGAUAGGAAUGACAAACCCUUUGACAGCAGAGGCUCGAAUGAUUGGCCUGAGCAUGUCGGCAAGUUCCUGAGGUUCCAUCUUUAUAAGGAGAAUAAGGACACGCAAGAGGCAUUGGGACUCAUAGGAAAGAUGCUUGGAAUCCAGUUGUGUUUUUGGCAGCAAAGAUCUUUUGGAUUUGCGGGUACAAAGGAUAAACGUUCUGUUUCAACUCAGAGGGUAACUAUUUUCAAGCAACAUGCGAAAAGGUUGGCUGCUCUCAACGACAGGCUGAUUGGUAUCAAAGUUGGAGACUUUUGUCAUGUUGAUGAAGAACUUGUUCUUGGGCGGCUUCUUGGAAAUCGUUUCACAAUCACAUUGAGAGGAGUUGUUGCAGAUUCUGAAGAUACCAUUAAAGCAGCAGUAGAUGCUUUGGGAAAAAAGGGGUUUAUCAACUACUAUGGUUUGCAGCGUUUUGGAAGUGGUUCAGUGCCAACUCACCUCAUUGGAGCAACAUUACUUCGAGGAGAGUGGAAAACUGCUGUAGGCAUGAUUUUGGAUCCAAGAGAAGGGGAGCGUGAAGCAAUCUGGAAGGCACGUGAAUAUUAUAAGGAAAGUGGUGAUAUUGAUGGAACUCUUAGGCAAUUACCUCGUCAUCUAGUUGCUGAAAGGGCUAUACUCCAAUGUUUGAAGAAGUGCCCUGGCAACUACUUGCAAGCCCUGAAGGCUAUACCAAGGACUCUGAGAAUGAUGUACGUGCACAGUUACCAAAGUUACUUGUGGAACCAUGCUGCAAGUAUGCGGUUGCAAAAACACGGAAUUGAUCAUGUUGUGAUAGGAGAUUUGGUAUAUAACAAAGGAGGUUCUACUGGAAUGCCAACUGAAGCUGUUAACAUUGAAUUUGAAGUUGAUAGUUGUAAUGAGGCAUUUGAUUCUAGCCACUUAAAUGAAAUUACUGAAUCAACAUUACCUAAAGAACAGGAUAAUAAUGUGAAGGCUGUAAAUGCAGAGGACCUCCAAAGUGGAGGUUAUACAAUUGCUGAUGUCACACUUCCUUUGCCUGGUUCAAGAGUACUGUAUCCAACCAACGAUAUUGCUCAAGUUUACCAUGAUUUAGCAAAGAAGGAUAGCAUCAACUUGGCUGAGUGUGUACACAAUGUCAAGGAAUUCUCGAUAACCAGUAUGACUGGAGGCUAUAGGCAGGUGUUCCAGAAGCCAAUUGACUUUGAAUGGGAAUUGCUCCAGUAUACUGAUGGUAAUGUACCCCUGGCGGAGACAGAUUUGGAUGCUAUUGCUAAAAAGAAACCUGCUCAUAAUGUCAAGGAGGAAGGCUUCACUGAUUCAAGUCAGCUCAAGAUUUGCUCUGUUGACUAUGAGAAGCAAUCAAUGAAUUCAAAAGAUGAAAAAAUACAAACAUGCAACAGCGAAGCUGAAAAUGGUAAAGAGAUGGGAUUGUCAGAAGGUGACUCUCUUCAUAUUUGUGAUGCUCAGAAACCCCAGAUGGCCCUAAAGUUAGGCUUUACUCUUCCAGCUUCUUGCUAUGCUACGAUGGCCAUUAGGGAGCUGCUGAAAACAUCAACUUCUGUUGCCUUUCACAAAACACUGAACCAAUGAAUUGUCACUGUCCAUGUCGCCGUAGUACGUCUGGAAUUUGUAGAUGGUGUUUUUUCUUGAAAAAGUCAAUGUGGGAUACAUGAAGAACAAACGAAGCAUGAAAUAAGACCUGUAUUUAGAGCUUAUCUUCUUCAAAGGAAUUGUGUUGUAAGUUGGAAUUUAUUGGGAAUAGAGGAGAAUAAUGUUUCUUUUCAAUUAAUGCCUAACAUGUAGUUCACUUGUUCAACCGAGCUCAAGUACUCUUCCUUUUAUGAUAGGUAGACUCCCUGCUUGUUCAAAUACUGACCUUGAACUGCUAUACAAUGACAUCUGCCAUUUGCA